AUACCCAUGCGGUGCUUCAGCCCCUCGUGGACCUGGAGGCAGGAGAGUACGUGGUCACAGUGUUUGUGUCGGACUCUGGCAGCCCAGUGCUGAGCGCGUAUUCUCAGGUCAAUGUGACCGUAUGUCGCUGUGACUCCUUUGGAGAUUGUAAAUCGGAGGCAGGGGCUUUCGUUGGAUCCAGUGUGGGAAUAAACUUCAUCGCUCUGAUCAUCAUCAUGGCCAGUAUUGCACUCCUCCUGUUGCUGCUGCUGCUGACUGUGGCGGUGACUUCCUGUGGGAGACGUCACCAUAUCAAGAAAGGGACAGGUCUGCUUGUCGGGGAAUCAGAAGAUGACAUCCGUGACAAUGUCUUCAUCUAUGAUGAGCAAGGAGGUGGGGAGGAAGACGAG